GACAGCGACCGCGCCCGCGCCGCCUCCCCCAAACCCUAGCCCCGCCGAUCCGAUGGCCACCGUCUCCUCCCUCCCGUCCCCGGCCUUCCUGGCCGCCGACACGGGAGCCGCGCUGCCCUCCGCCACCAUCCUCCGCUUCCCGCCAAACUUCGUCCGCCAGCUCAGCACCAAGGCCCGCCGCAACUGCAGCAACAUCGGCGUCGCGCAGAUCGUCGCCGCCGCCUGGUCCGACCGCCCCGGGCUCGCCUCCCGCGCCGGCGGCGGCGGCGGCGGACGCGCCCCCCGCGGCGUCUCCUCCCACGCCGCGGCAGCGUCCGCCGCCGCCGCCGCCUCCGCGGCGGCGGAGGCCACGGCCGAGGUUGGCGCCAUCCCCAACGCCAAGCUCGGCCAGCCUUCCGCCGCCGCAUUGGCCGAGCAGGCCCUGCUCGGUUCCGACGCCAGCCUCGCCGUCCACGCGGGCGAGAGGCUGGGUAGAAGGAUCGCCACAGACGCGAUCACCACGCCAGUAGUCAACACCUCUGCCUACUGGUUCAACAACUCGCAGGAGCUAAUUGACUUCAAGGAGGGGAGGCAUGCUAGCUUCGAGUAUGGGAGGUAUGGUAACCCGACCACAGAGGCAUUGGAGAAGAAGAUGAGUGCACUGGAGAAAGCUGAGUCCACUGUCUUUGUGGCAUCUGGGAUGUAUGCGAGUGUGGCUAUGCUCAGCGCGCUUGUGCCAGCAGGUGGUCAUGUUGUGACAACCACUGAUUGUUACCGCAAGACAAGGAUUUACAUGGAGACUGAGCUUCCUAAGAGGGGAAUUACGAUGACUGUUAUUAGACCUGCUGACAUGGACGCUCUCCAACAUGCGCUGGACAAUAAUAAUGUAUCUCUAUUCUUCACCGAGACUCCUACUAAUCCAUUUCUGAGAUGCAUUGAUGUUGAUCUUGUCUCAAAAAUGUGCCAUAGCAAGGGAGCAUUGCUAUGUAUUGAUAGUACCUUUGCAUCCCCAAUCAAUCAGAAGGCACUAACUCUAGGUGCUGACUUAGUUAUCCAUUCAGCAACAAAGUACAUUGCUGGGCACAAUGAUGUUAUUGGUGGCUGCAUCAGUGGCAGAGAUGAGCUAGUUUCCAAAGUCCGUAUCUAUCACCAUGUAGUUGGUGGUGUUCUAAAUCCGAAUGCUGCCUACUUGAUUCUUCGAGGCAUGAAGACACUGCAUCUCCGUGUACAAUGUCAGAAUAAUACUGCAAUGAGGAUGGCCCAAUUUUUAGAGGAACAUCCAAAGAUUGCACGUGUCUACUAUCCUGGUCUGCCAAGUCACCCAGAACAUCACAUUGCCAAGAGUCAGAUGACUGGCUUUGGUGGUGUCGUCAGUUUUGAGGUUGCUGGAGACUUCGAUGCUACUAGGAAAUUUAUUGAUUCUGUUAAGAUACCCUACCAUGCCCCUUCAUUUGGGGGCUGUGAGAGCAUUAUUGAUCAGCCUGCUAUCAUGUCUUACUGGGAUUCAAAGGAACAGAGAGAAAUCUAUGGAAUCAAGGACAACUUGAUCAGGUUCAGCAUUGGAGUGGAGGAUUUUGAGGAUCUGAAGAAUGACAUUGUUCAGGCCCUCGACAAGAUCUAAGCAACCUGCUUGCAUCCUCGUUACGAGAGUGUAUCUGUCUGAUCUUGCUUUGCUUGCCUUGGCAUCACUUUGAUAUUCCAGCCAAGAACUGCCAAUAAAAUUUCUUCUGUAGUUCCUGUUAUCUAGUCUUUAGUUUCAUUUAAGUUUGCCUCUAUUUUUCUCUCGCACAAAAUGGCUAUAUGUUCAGAAUGUUCAUUUAUUGUCGGUAUCCAGAAAAUCCAUCGGUGUGUCGUUGGAAGAGA